AUGAGUCGGGAAAGACCACCCUCUUCGUCACCUAGAAGGAAAUCAAAACAGCGCAUACAUGGGCUGAAGAUGCAGACUCUUCCGUUAUCGAGUGAGCUAAAGAAUAAUGAUGAAAUUAAGACCACAGGAGAGAGCGAGGAAGACCGCGAUGAUGAAUAUUCACGCAAUAACCCGCAGUCAAGCUUCGAGAAGGAUGAAGAUUUCAAGUUUAAGCGUCACAGAUCAAAAAAUGGAGGAGUCUCCUCUUUGGGUGAAAGACUUGACAACCUACAGGAGUUGGAACGAGCGAGAUGGAUGGACAACUUUAACUCGUCAGUCAAUAUUGACAAACAUCGUGGUAAAUCCUUGGAAGAAUCACCACAAAGAGUAGCUACUGUUCAACCCCCACAUAUGGCACCGCCGUAUAUGCCAUACAUGUAUUAUUAUCCGAUACCUCCAAUGAUGCCUAUGACUACGUCGCCCACACGGCCUGUGAUUUCCCAAGGAAAUGAAGCAUCUCACUACUUAAAUUCAUCUCAAGGCUAUCCGAAUACCUCCACCCAACCAUUUCUUCCUAUUCCACCUCCCAGCGGCCAACUUAUGCCCCCGCCACCAUUAUACCCGAACUACUCGCCAUAUAGUUAUUAUCAAAGCGCUGACUCUGAACAGUUGAAGAAAACACGACAAAGGAGAGAAAAACGUAAAUCAGUGAUGGAGCAACGUGGAAGGAGAUUAUCGAUGCUAUCGUUUCAGGACAAUAGCCAUAUAAUAUCACCUCACAAAGAUGUUCCUGAAGAGGAUUUUUACAGACAUAUUGCGAACACAUCAUUUGGCCAAGAUCUACAAAUAAGGCAACUUUUCAAUUGGUGCUUUAUUCGAGCUCUUAGAAAACGAGAGACAGUGAAUGCUUCUCAAAAAAAGGUUAAGGAAGGACCUGAUGAAACAUAUGUUGAUCCGAACAAAAUUGCCAUGGUAAUAAUGAAGGAAUUCGUACACGAACUCCGAAAAGGCCUGAUUCAGAUCGAUUGGGAGGCGGAAAAUAAUGACAUCCAAUUAAAUGAUAAACAGUCUUACGAAGAAGAAGAUACCGAGCUCCGGGAAUUGUUUGAUGACGAUGAAGAAGAAAAUAGGAUUUCACAGGUUAAAAAGAGAAGAAAAACUACUGCGAUUAAGAUCCCCAAUGAGAAAAAUCUACAGAAUUCGAAAAGUUUGCUAAUUUUACAAGAGCAGGUUGAUAAGUUGAAAGCAGAGAUUCAAACAUGGGUGAAGUAUUUAGACGUUGACGAUCAUCUGGGAGAUUGGUCUACAUUCAAGUCAGAACUAGAAGCGUGCUCUGAGAACAUUAUUACCACAGUAGAAUCUAAACCGACUGCGGAAGAUAUGAAAAUGCAACUAGUGACUAGGAUGGACAGGUUUUAUUCAAUGUGUCACUUUCUAUCUUCGUAUUCUCAACUACUCUCCGAGACUUCAGGCCGCAAGCUACAACAGCUAAAAACGUAUAUCAAUAACGCAGACGCAUGGGCGGUCCCAAUGGAAAACCGGAGGAAGGGCACGAAAGAGCUACUACAGGGUUUAAGCAAAUCACUUGUACAGUGA